CGCGCGCACUUCAAGUGAAGAAAGAGAAACCCGCAGCUGCAUCACGCACUUAUACCGGCGGCAGCGUCGGAGUCAGCGGGAGUGUGCAUGUCCAAAUCGAUUUACCUGUCGCUUACUGUUACGCCAGCUCGGCUGUCUCUGACAGGCAGACACUGCACCCCGUGACACCCAGCUUAGCUCGCUGCUCGUUGACAUCCCAAUUCUUUAUAGGAUGGCGGCGGCUUUACUGUCUGAGGCGGAUAUCGAGCAGCGCUCCAUGGCUGAAGAAGACCCCAACGGCAACGAACACGGAGCAGCAGCGCAGAGCAGUACAGCGCCGCGUUGGGGACCGCAACACGCAGGAGCCCGGCAGCUGGCAGAGCUCUACUCGCCAGGGAAACGCUUGCAAGAAAGGGUCAGUGUUGUGUUGUGUGCCUGCCUUGUCACAGUCAACUUUGUUCUUCUCCUGGUGAAUUUUUCCACUGUUCAUAUAUAUCAGAUAUUAAUUGGAAUCUUUGCUGGAAUUGUUACAGCUGAUUUUGCCUCUGGCCUUGUUCACUGGGGAGCAGAUACCUGGGGCUCAGUUGACAUCCCUGUCAUCGGCAAGGCAUUUAUACGUCCCUUUCGAGAGCAUCAUAUUGACCCAACAGCAAUAACUCGUCAUGACUUUAUUGAAACCAACGGUGAUAAUUGCAUGAUCACCAUCAUCCCUCUUGCUCAGAUGGCUUACAAAUUCCUCACUGCAUCCUCAGAGGACAUAGCCAAUUCAUACCCCUGGGAGUGUUAUAUUUUUGCACUAGCAAUUUUUGUUACAAUGACAAAUCAGAUUCAUAAGUGGUCACAUACCUACUUUGGUCUUCCACGCUGGGUCACAGUCCUGCAGGAUAUGCACAUCAUCCUACCACGAAAGCACCACCGCAUCCAUCAUGUGGCCCCACAUGAGACCUACUUCUGCAUUACCACAGGAUGGCUCAAUUACCCCUUGGACAGGCUAGGUUUCUGGAGGUACUCGGAGAUGAUCAUAGAAAUGCUAACUGGCAGCCGGCCACGGAGUGAUGACAUGAAAUGGGCACAGAAGAGGGACUGAGAGGCUGGAGUACAUCAUUGGACUAGUGUGUUCUCCCAAUAACAAGUCUCAGCUUGAAGAUUACCAUUUCGCCUCAUUGGCCCUUUUUUUAGACAAAAAACAUCUCUAUGUGGCAGAGUAGGCAUAAGGAAACAGAGCUCAACACCACCUUUCCCUGUACAGAAAAGGCUCUGCUGCAGAAGAGUCCGUUUGAUUGCCUGUCUGCCCUGCUGGUGCAAUGCCCUACCUAACAUCCCAUGCCUUUUCUGUCACUAACGUACUGAAGCAGCAGUUUGAAUUCACUCCUUUAUUUAUGUUUUAGAUCAUCCAGGUUGGGCUGUGGUCAGCAUUAAUGACUGCUUUACUAAUUGUGACACUCAUUAAAAUGAGAUGCUGUUUCAAGUAUUUUCAGUUGUCAUUAAUUGCUUUCUCUAAGUGUCAUGCUAGUAAGUUCUUGUGUCCACCCCUUUGUGUUUUUCUGUUAAGUGCCAAUAGGCAGCUUUGCAAAACAUAACUGACAAGGAGACAUGCUGGGUAGAUGAUCUCCCCAAAUCUUAAUGAGCAGCACCCUCUUGUGGCAAAAUUGGUUAAUUUCCUCAAUUGAAGGAGGGGUUUACAUUUGUCCUUAAGGUACAGAAAUCGAGUAGCUCAUAGCCAGACUAGCCUCAUACAUGGCGACAAUAUUUAGGAGUCCUGCUGCAGAUGAAAUUAGGAAAAAUGAAAAUGUAUUUACUAGAAGGUGAUAAUCUCCUCAUUGGCGCAUAUGUUUGUUUUUACACAAUGUAGUGUUUUCUUAUUUUUGGUGUUUUAUUUGGCUUUAAUUUGUUCAGUUCUUGAAAAAUAUGGUUAUUUCUAUUGCAGAUUUUCAUAUCAAGGAUGUAGCUCAAAGUGCUUUGCAAACUGUGAAAUAUUUACAAGCAGAAAAUUGAAUAUUAGAAUUUAAAAAUGUAUAUAUAACAUAAUAUGCACUUGUAUAUGAUGUAUAAUUAAUAGAGAAGUAGAAUUCUUAUAUAUAAUACUAGGGUGUUUGCCCCCCUGCUCGCUUCACUCGCAUAAACCCACCCCCGUUUAAGCUGGGUGGGGAAAAAAAAAA